GGGGGGGUUGCGCUGGUGGUUGCGCUGGUGAUCCGGCAGGUAUAUAUCUACCAUCACCACUCUACUCCUUCGGGAAGUUUUUGUUCUUGCUUCCUCAUCCCAUCCAAGAUCAGCUUACAGUGUCUCUCACUCAGUCUUUCUCUAAUUUCCAACUCAGUCAUUCUUUGAUUGCUUCGAGCUCUUCAGCUUAAUUAUACGCCUACCUAAUAAUAUCGGAUUCCCCCCGAACACACAUACCAGACCGCCACAAUGCGUUUCUCCAGCUUCGCCCUCGCUGCUUUCUCCUUAGGCUCUGCCUUUGCCGCCCCUGCUGUCCAGCAAACCGAGCCCCGUGCUCUUGAGAUCCUUGCCUCUGUCUCCACCACUAUCGAGAACACCAAGGCCGUUGUCGAUGUCGAACUAAAGUCUCUCCUCAACCUGGCUCUUAAUGUCACCGUCACAACCAACCUGGUUCCCCAGCUUGAGCAAACGAUCCUAGCCAUCGUCGGCGAUGUCAACCAGAUCGUCAGCGUUGUUGGGCCUCUAGUCAACCAAGGCACCCUUAACCUCGUCGAGGCUGAACUCCAAGGUCUCCCGGUCCUCCUACAGAACGUUCUCGGCCUUACCACCAACAUCCAGUCCACCGUCCAACAAGUUAUCAGCCACCUGGGUCAAGAUCAGUUGCAAGCCGUCCAGCCCGAGCUCCAGCUCCUGCUCUCCAGCGUCGAGCCCGCCGUCAAGCCCCUCAUCAGCUUUGCCCUUGGCGCUGUUGCCAACAUCACCGGCGACCUCAACAUCCAGGUGAACAACGUCGUUGGUCUUCUGCAAAAUGUCCUCAAGGGACUUCUUCCCACCGUUCUCGGUGUUGUUGGUGGCAUUCUAUAAAUGCGUGACGCAUGAGAUUCAGAUUCUGUAUGGUGAUUGAAUAAUACCUUCGCAUUGGAGGAGUUUGAGGAAAGCGUUUGAGGACAAAGACACUGCAUGCUCAUGACUGGAUGCUUGGAUACCUGAUAGCAUUGUAAAUAAAUUGGGCGCAAGCCGAACCUGUUGAAUUGAUCCUUUCGGCUGUCAAAGUGAGCGUUGUUUAGUAGUUGGCCUGUACAUAGUAACUUGGGCCUUAGGAAGUUCACGAGGCCACUGCAGCUCGGCUCCUCGCAUCGAAGGCGUUCUGUAUGCAUCAAUGCUGGUGCCUGCUAUUGGACAGCAGUACAAAUAGAAGACGUAACUAAUGCAUAACGUUCCUUUUUUUCAGUCGGUACCAUGCAUUGGCUCGUUGGAACUGCUCAGUACCAGGCAAUACUACCGAUAUGACACGAUCGAUCCUUUGCGUUGUCUAGGUCUGGUCAGCAAUUAGUCUCGGGCGGAUGAUACUUGAUUUCGGAAUCGGGAUGUAUGAAAAACAUCCGCCCCGUAUAUGGAGGUUAGUCACCCGCCUCAGAGCUGCAGAUUGACUAAUACACAGGCGUAAUACUAACAUAA